ACACUCGUGCAGGGAAGACGUAUGUUGCUGCAGAAACAGAAGUAGAUAGACCUACCAAGAGCACCUGUCAGAAAGGGCGUGCGCGUUACUUAACGAUUACCCCAAGACCCAAACACGUUUUGACCGAAUUCAAGCGGAUCCAAUUGAAUCCGAUCGGAUACAAUAAAUGAUUCGUGUCAUCGUGUGGGUUUGAAUCAACCUUCGCCGCCUGCUAGCGGUAACAGUAACAAUGACUAACGUAUGGCACUUAAAAUUCUUGGAGCUGCCUUAAGUAGGCUGAGUUUAACAACAACUAUUAAAGGCACCCAGCUGUCAUCCAUCAGUCGACUUCAGACCAAGCUGUCACCUCCAUCCAUCACGUCUCUUACUUGUGUGUCCCAAAGCACAAUCAGUUCUGCAGCCUUCACCUCACAAACCAACUAUCAUACAUUACACUCAGGUGGCUUGCCUGCUCCAACUUUGUGUAAUUUAGUAAAGCAACCACUGAGACUUCCUUUGCAGGUCCGUGAUUUGAGUACCAGUCCAGUCUGCCCCGCCAGCCUCAGACAGAUGCACCGCACUGGUCCCAUCAAAAAGAAACGCAAAAAUAAGAACCCUUUAGGAGACAGGCCCUUUGCACGAGGGGUGGUACUCAAGACACUCAUCAAAAAACCAAAAAAACCCAAUUCUGCUAACCGCAAGUGUGUGUUGGUGCGACUUACAACAGGAAAGGAGAUGGUUGCUUUUAUACCUGGUGAAGGACAUAACCUGCAGGAACACAAUGUUGUUUUGGUGAGGCCAGGCAGACUGAGGGAUGUGCCUGGUGUCAAGGUGAGGUGUGUUCGUGGAAAGUAUGACCUGCAGCAUGUCAUCAAGAAGCAGCAUUAAAGAGAACAGAGAGUGAAGAUCACAUAUACAUAUACCAUUAAAUUAUCUAGUUAUGUUUUAUGGAUAAUCGUCAGCCAUUCAAUAGCCAGAUGUCACGUAUUUCACGUGGGUGGCCAUGGUAAGAUCCUUCAGGACACCAGUCAGCUGCCUUGCGGGACAGCUAGGAAACAUACUGGGAUGGUUGUGACCACUGCAAAUCCUGAUGAGAAGGAUUUACUGGCAACAACUUGUGCUUAGUGUCUGGUUGGGCUGAGACCAACUCAGUGAUCCAAAAUCAGAGCCAGUAAUAUUCACACCAGGUACCACCUCACACCACAGCUACCCACAUUUGGGCCCACAAUGAGCAGGGUGCACACAGGUUUAUCAUAACAAUACCAUCACUUACAAUGUGGCUGAGUGAUAUCUAAAGGAUUGGGGUAUCAUAGGAUAUGCAAAAUUCCCGAGAGCUCCCAGAUGACACUACUAGACGGAUAUACACACAUCUAUAUAUACCCCCAUCUGUAUUAAACAAGUAUGGUAAUUUUUUCCUGUUAUGAGGUCCAAGUGUCAUCAUUUGAAUACACAUGGUGGUGUUUUCUCUGUUGGGUCAUCUUGAAGACAUUACCAUUUCUUGUUUUCUGCCCUAUUCUGCUCUGCUAAAAGUACUAAAUCAAUGACUUAAUAGUUUGAUAGCAUUAUACUGAGAGACUGAAAGUUCUGUGUAACUUGUUGACCUGUUUGUAAAGCUGUAAAUAUAGGAUACUGUUUUUUGAGUAUAUGAAUUAUUUUCCAAA